AUGUCUCUGGCAAUGAUGGACCCUGGAUUAGGUUUGCCGGGUCUGGAGACCUUCAGAGCGGAGGUUUGUAACCAGACUCAUACAAAUACUGCGGACUCCCAAGCAGUCACGGGACUUGUUGAAGCUCCCUCAUAUGGCCCCGCAAACGAGGCGACGGAUAGAAAAUGUCUUCGCAUCGGUAAAUCACUUCGUUGCGGGCAGGCUUCCUGUGGAUACACUUUGCUCGCUGCUCUGGCGUCGAUAGCAGCACUUGUAACAAUAUUGUACGCAUGUUUUCGCGUCUACAACAGGGCGAAAAUGUGGCGAACGCAGCGCCGUCGUCUUUCCGACACCGAGUCCGACACCUCAGAAACAUAUAUCUUUGGCCUCUGCGACUACUCUUCCGAUGAAGGUACUUCGGUGGCUCCUGAAAGUUCUCAAGAGACAUAUGCACCGGCAAGUAAAAGGCCACGGAUGGAAGGAGUGCAGCAGGUGGGACAUACAACUGGUAGACCUCAGCAGCCACAAACGGCUAUCCACGUGAGUGUGAUCAAGUUUCAGCCCAGAAGUCAAGACCACAGCGAACCACAACGAAUAUCGCCACCUCACACUUUGGCCACACCAUCACUCUCAGCACUCGUGCAGACUGAAAUGCAUCACCAACCAGUUGGUGGUCUAUGGAGGCCGGCUUUUGCGCAGGAAGCUGCUUUAGGUCGUGGCGGAGGCGUGGGGCAGCAGGGUACUGUCCAGAGAGGGGCCACUAUAGGAGUUCAGUCAGUUGGUGGUCUAUGGAGGCCGGCUUUGGCGCAGGAAUCUGCUUUACAUCGUGGCGGAGGCGUGGGGCAGCAGGGUACUGUCCAGAGAGGGGCCACUAUAGGAGUUCAGUCAGUUGGUGGUCUAUGGAGGCCGGCUUUGGCGCAGGAAUCUGCUUUACAUCGUGGCGGAGGCGUGGGGCAGCAGGGUACUGUCCAGAGAGGGGCCACUAUAGGAGUUCAGUCAGUUGGUGGUCUAUGGAGGCCGGCUUUGGCGCAGGAAUCUGCUUUACAUCGUGGCGGAGGCGUGGGGCAGCAGGGUACUGUCCAGAGAGGGGCCACUAUAGGAGUUCAGUCAGUUGGUGGUCUAUGGAGGCCGGCUUUGGCGCAGGAAUCUGCUUUACAUCGUGGCGGAGGCGUGGGGCAGCAGGGUACUGUCCAGAGAGGGGCCACUAUAGGAGUUCAGUCAGUUGGUGGUCUAUGGAGGCCGGCUUUGGCGCAGGAAGCUGCUUUAGGUCGUGGCGGAGGCGUGGGGCAGCAGGGUACUGUCCAGAGAGGCGCCAAUAUAGGAGUUCAGUCAGUUGGUGGUCUAUGGAGGCCGGCUUUGGCGCAGGAAGCUGCUUUAGGUCGUGGCGGAGGCGUGGGGCAGCAGGGUACUGUCCAGAGAGGCGCCAAUAUAGGUGUUCAGUCAGUUGGUGGUCUAUGGAGGCCGGCUUUGGAGCAGGAAGCUGCUUUAGGUCGUGGCGAAGGUGUGGGGCAGCAGGGUACUGUUCAGAGAGAGGCCAAUAUAGAAGCUGAGUCAGUUAGUAGUGCAUGGAGGCCGGCUUUGGCGCAGGACGCUGCUUUAGGUCGUGGCGAAGAUGUGGGGCAGCAGGGUACUGACCAGAGAGGCGCCAAUAUAGGAGUUCAGUCAGUUGGUGGUCUAUGGAGGCCGGCUUUGGAGCAGGAAGCUGCUUUAGGUCGUGGCGAAGAUGUGGGGCAGCAGGGUACUGACCAGAGAGGCGCCAAUAUAGAAGUUCAGUCAGUUGGUGGUCUAUGGAGGCCGGCUUUGGAGCAGGAAGCUGCUUUAGGACGUGGCGAAGGUGUGGGGCAGCAGGGUACUGACCAGAGAGGCGCCAAUAUAGGAGUUCAGUCAGUUGGUGGUCUAUGGAGGCCGGCUUUGGAGCAGGAAGCUGCUUUAGGUCGUGGCGAAGGUGUGGGGCAGCAGGGUACUGACCAGAGAGAGGCCAAUAUAGAAGCUGAGUCAGUUAGUAGUGCAUGGAGGCUGGCUUUGGAGCAGGAAGCUGCUUUAGGUCGUGGCGAAGGUGUGAGGCAGGCUGCCCGUCUUCCAGUGGCCGAGCCAAUGGGACCUGGAAAUACGCAGCGUCACAUUUUCCUUUUCGAUGCUCAGUCCGGUGUCCCGGUCAGUUUUCUCCCAUCUGCUGGCACAUCCGAUUCUGACAGUGAUGAAAGGAGCAGCACAGCAGGCACUCAGAAUGCGCCUAUUCUCGCAUCUCUAUUGACCCCCUCUGCUAUACAAGAAGACUAUCUUUCACACCCAUUUGCCCGGCUGCCAGUUGUGCGCAGCCCUCGGGGUCAUUUCUUUGUAGACUUUGAAACGGCAUUGUUCACUGAUAAUGUUACCCAAAACCCCUUGCCAUUGUUGCGCUUGGUACAUGGCCUGCUGAGUCAACGAGAAAUUGCCGGGGAUCAGCUGGAGUUCCUAGCGACAUUGGGAAGUAAGCUGGCGGCCCACGCCGUGAAGUUUCAUAAGCAGACACUGAAGUACGCUACGGCAUCCCGUGCAUGCGAGAGAUUGGGGGCCCGCUUCUUGGUUCUCGAUGCAAUUGUAUCCACUGUUAUAGUGCUGGAACAGAAGGUCUCUCUACAGUUGUGGAGAAAUUUUGUUUCAAGUAUAAACCACGAAUACCCCCAGCCCCCUUCAUCGCUGGCAAGCAGAGGACGGAGGCUCUUUCUUGCGAACUUCGCUCUGCUUCUAAGUAAUGCGGUACAAACGCUAAAGAUGGGAUUUCGCCCUUCUGCUGAAGAACUUGUGCUUCUGAAGCGCAUGCUAUUCUGCGCACCGUACUCCCCUCCACGUUACAAAGUGGAAGGCUAUGACGCAUGGAGAUUUAGUGAGCUUGUGCAUCAGGGAUCAACAGGCACUCCUGGUACACGAUCGGCUGAAAUGUUAAGUGCAGUGUCCAGUGGAGCCUCUUGUGACAACGCUUCAAGGCCUUGUCCUGGGACAUCUGCCAGACUCAUUGCUAGAGCUAGAGCUAAAACGCCUCCUAGGACCCUUGGUGAGAAAUCUGGCUCCUCCGCAGGAAGCCCUGCAGGAUCAUCUAAACCUGCUGGAGCCUCUGCCAAACUCCCCGCGGGAACCGAUAUCAGCUUUUUAUAUGAAGUGCCUGUUCUGACUUUAAGUGGAGCCUCUAGGGAGCCCUUCUCCGGCGUAUUUCCCAAAACUUCUGAUGGGAUGAGUCUGGAAUCACGUAGUGGGAAUGCCUUUCGUACAGUAAGGAGGCGCCAUGAAGGUGUUGGAAAGCCACGUCUAUCUGGACCCGCCGCUAGAAUUGAAUCACAUUCUCCGGGGCCAGUUAGCUCCAGUGAGCACCUUCCUGGACCCUCCACUAGUGGAAGCUAUUUGCCUCCUUUGGCCUCUGCCGAAACUUCCGCGGGAAUUUCAAGUCUACCCCUUUCGCCUUACCUUUUACCUUUGCUGUACCUUUUGCUGGAAUGCCUUCUGGAACGUCUUCUGGACCAUCUGUUGGAGGGCCUCCCGAAGCGUCUCCUGGACUUUUUGCGUUGCCUGUUGUUGGUGGACAUGUUGGUGGACAUGUUGGUGGACAUUUUCCAGUGCAGCAACCUACUGAUUCUCUCACUGGACCGUCUGCCGCGCGCCUCACUGAACCAACUUUUGGAUCUGCUGUUGGGUCUCCCGUAUUUUAUGCUCAAGCGCCUAUGGGCGCAUAUGGUACGCCCGUUGCUCUUCCUGUCGGUUUCCCCUUUGGUGGGCAGAUUGCUGGCCUUGAAGCUUUGGGAAGUAUGCAUACGAGAGCGUCUGUGGAGACUCAUGGUAGCUCUGAUGAUGGCGCUUCUGGAAGCACUGAAACUGCUCGUAUCUUUACUGAAGGAAGUACUCAGAGUGAUUUUGAUACCUCUUCUGGAAUAUCUGGUGGGGGAUUCGCUGGAGCCUCUAAAUCGCCAGCUUCCGACGAAUAAAGGCCAGAUCCUUUGCUUCCACCUCGCACCUAUACUUAAAAUGGAGCAUCCACCAACAGCUGUACUAAUUUCGUCAGGGCACCAGUAA